UAAACAGGAGUCACCUGCUGUUGACGUAAAGCGUGGAGUUAAUCAAUCCAUAUUCAACUGAAUCUUUAGUUUAAUUUAGUUAGUUUAACAAAUAAAUACAGUAACGAGCUAUAGGACAACAACAGUAAGAGGAAAAGAGUGACGAUAACGACCCGCAAGGAUGUUUAAAAAAUUCGAUGAAAAGGAGAAUGUUUCAAACUGUAUUCAACUGAAGACAUCUGUAAUCAAGGGCAUAAAGAAUCAGCUGUUAGAUCAGUUUCCCUACAUCGAUGAAUGGCUCAACCAAAUCAUGCCCAAAAAAGACCCUGUCAAAAUUGUGAGAUGUCAUGAACAUAUUGAAAUUCUUACUGUAAAUGGAGAGCUGCUUUUCUUCAGACAGAGAGAGGGACCGUUUUAUCCCACCCUCAGACUUCUACACAAAUUUCCCUUCAUACUGCCACACCAACAAGUAGAUAAAGGAGCCAUCAAAUUUGUUCUGAGUGGAGCCAAUAUCAUGUGCCCGGGCCUUACAUCACCAGGAGCCAAACUCUACCCUGCUGAUACAGACACAGUAGUUGCUAUAAUGGCAGAAGGUAAACAGCAUGCACUCUGUGUAGGAGUCAUGAAGAUGUCAGCACACGACAUAGAGAAAGUAAACAAGGGAAUUGGAAUUGAGAACGUUCACUACCUGAAUGAUGGACUAUGGCACAUGAAGACAUAUAAGUAGACAUGAGUUUGUGAAUCAUUGGGACCCCUUGUCAACAGGCAGCCCGUCUUCUGUUUAUACAAAUGGACUCAACUGUAUAUCAUGCUUAAUGCUUUGAAAGCAACCCCAUUUUAAUGCACAAAUAAAACCUGCAUUUAAGUCAA